AAAAUUGUUUUCAGGAGAUGUGAGAUGGGCUUUUCUGUAUCUGAUCUAUCACAUGCUCGAAUGUCUGCGGAUAAAAGGAACGAGGCGACAGCUCUGCUUUGCUGAUCGAUGAUUCCGGAAUCUAGGGAUCGGUCGUCGAUGUGUGUGGGCUGGGCGUCUGCGGAAGCGCAGCCUCGUGGUGUCUGAGGAGACCGGGCCGCCUGUCUUCUCGAUCGACGCGGGAACGACGCGGGCUGCCGUCUGCCGCCGACUCUAGGUGGUCCUGGGCACGUGUCCCGCCGCCCUCCCGCCCGCCAUGGCGCAGCUCCAGACGCGCUUCUACACCGAAAACAAGAAAUAUGCAGUUGAUGAUGUUCCCUUCUCAAUACCUGCUGCCUCUGAAAUUGCUGACCUCAGUAACAUUAUCAAUAAGUUGUUGGAGGGCAAAAAUGAAUUCCACAAACAUGUGGAGUUUGAUUUCCUUAUCAAGGGCCAGUUUCUGCGAAUGCCUUUGGUCAAACACAUGGAAUUGGAGAAUAUCUCAUCGGAAGAAGUCGUGGAGCUGGAGUAUGUUGAGAAGUACACUGCACCUCAGCCAGAGCAGUGCAUGCUCCACGAUGACUGGAUCAGUUCAGUGCAAGGAGCAGAGGAAUGGAUCUUGACUGGUUCUUAUGAUAAGACUUCACGAAUUUGGUCCUUGGAAGGAAAGUCGAUCAUGACAAUUGCAGGACAUACCGAUGUUGUAAAAGAUGUGGCCUGGGUGAAAAAAGACGGUUUGUCAUGCUUAUUACUGAGUGCUUCUAUGGAUCAGACCAUUCUCCUAUGGGAGUGGAAUGUGGAGAGAAACAAAGUGAAAGCCCUGCACUGCUGCAGGGGUCACGCGGGAAGUGUGGAGUCCAUCGCUGUGGACAGCUCAGGCACUAAAUUUUGCAGUGGCUCUUGGGAUAAGAUGCUAAAGAUCUGGUCAACAGUCCCUACAGAUGAAGAAGACGAAGUGGAAGAAUCUACAAAUCGACCAAGGAAAAAGCAAAAAACAGAGCAGUUGGGAUUAACAAGGACUCCCAUUGUGACUCUGUCCGGCCACAAAGAAGCAAUAUCCUCAGUUCUGUGGUCAGAUACUGAAGAAAUCUGCAGUGCUUCUUGGGAUCAUACAAUUAGAGUAUGGGAUGUUGAGUCUGGCAGUCUUAAGUCAACUUUGACAGGAAAUAAAGUAUUUAAUUGUAUUUCCUAUUCUCCACUUUGUAAACGUUUAGCUUCUGGAAGCACAGAUAGGCAUAUAAGACUGUGGGAUCCCCGAACUAAAGAUGGUGCUUUGGUGUCACUGUCCCUAACUUCACAUACUGGAUGGGUCACAUCAGUAAAGUGGUCUCCCACUCAUGAGCAGCAGCUGAUUUCCGGUUCUUUAGACAAUAUGGUCAAGCUAUGGGAUAUAAGAAGUUGUAAGGCUUCUCUUUAUGACCUGGCUGCUCAUGAAGACAAAGUGUUGAGUGUUGACUGGACAGACACAGGACUACUUCUGAGUGGUGGAGCAGACAAUAAAUUGUAUUCCUACAGAUAUUCACCUACCACUUCCCACGUGGGAGCAUGAACAUGAAUGAUGAUCUGUUUAGAGUUUCUGUCUGUAAAUGAAACUGGUAGAGAACUGUCAGAUCACACUGAUGCGGAUGCAUAUAGUAUGUAAACAUUUAUACAAUGUUUUCAUCCUUCAUAAUAG